AUGUCGUCUUUAAAAAGUCGUGUGAUCUCGUCCAUUGUGGUCUGGUUAAUUUGUAUCACACCAAUACAAACUUUAACUUUAGAGACAACGGAAAAUUACAAUGAGGCUUUGAGACAAGACAGAAAACAAAUAAUGUGUCCCACAAAGUGCUAUUGUACUGAAGAAAAAACCACGCAGCAGUUUAAUGUAGACUGCUCCAACAGACAGCUACAGAAUAUUCCAGACUUACCUCCACAAACGACGAGGUUGGAUUUAAGCCUGAACAACAUCAACAAUAUCCAGUCAUUUUUCUUCAGCAACUUUACGCAGCUAAGCUACUUGGACAUAUCGUUUAAUAAACUCUAUCACAUUUUUAAUAACACUUUUUAUGGUCUGCAUUCGUUAAAAUGGCUCUCCUUAAUGAGGAACAAUUUAAUUUAUUUAAAUUCAACAUUUGAAUUAGAUGCAUUUAACGGACUAGAUCAACUUGAAGUCUUACAUCUAGAAUGCAACAGUCCAAGCAAAGAUAAUAUAGUAUACCCAGAUCAAGCAAUUUCUAAAUUAAAAAAUCUUAGAGAAAUAAACAUUGACGGUUACCCUGUUCCUUUAGGACCUGGAUUUAGAAACUUAGAGAAAUUAGAGGCGGAGCUUAUUACAAAUAAUAAUGUCGUACGAAGCUAUAAAAAUAUGCUUGUGAAAAAUAUAGGAACUAUAAUAAGACGCACUCUUUACUUGGCUCUUCCACCAAAUCUAGAAGUUUUUAUUAGCGGGUCGAUGAAAGUCGAGUACUUCAUACCUGCCAUAACAUUUUUAAACAAUACAGUACUCAGAUACAUGGACUACUCAAACAACAUGGCCAGGUGCUGGGGAGGGCCCAUGAAUGGACUACCAGCUCUACAAUAUCUCGACUUAUCCGAGAAUUAUUGUACCAAAAUGAGUUUGACGUUCUUCAAAUACCUUACCAACUUAACGACACUUCUUCUACAAGACAACGUUCUUGGUAUAAGUUUAGCCAUUGACAUUUCAGGAAUAGCUUUCUCAACACUGACCAGAUUGGAGACCUUAAACAUCAGUGGCAACACUAUAACAUCUUUAUCUAGAAAUGUGUUUGAGAAUAACAUCAAUUUAAAAUAUUUAAAUCUCUCUAGAAACGAACUUACAGAUUUCGACAUAGAUUUAAAAACAUUUAACAAAAUUGAGUUAAUGAAGAGCUGUGUCUCACAGGAAAUUUUCAUUGGAACUCUCGUUACAUUUUUCAUCGUUCUCGGCAUCGUCUUAUUGUCUGCCAUGUUUUACUACAACAGAUGGAAAUUUGCUUAUCUCUAUUACAUUGGAUCAAAGAAACUUCACAUCGGCAAUAUAUCAUUGGCAUAUAAACCAGUUGCUGGUGUUUUUAUAACCUAUGAACAGGAGCCAGAAUACAUUUUUCUGGCGAGAAAUGUUUUCAUCCCACGUCUGAUACAGAACCACGUGACUUACGUUAACGGCGAGGACGACUUCCCAGCAGGCCCACAACAAAACAACAUCGCUGGCGCCAUUGUUGGUACAAGAAAGACUCUCAUCCUACUCUCGCGAGAUAUUUUUGAAGACAGGAACCGGGAACUAGAGAUGAACCUGGCCAUCAUGCACGAAAUGAAUUGUUCGGAUAGGAUCAUCGUGCCUGUUUUUGUGGGUCACUUUCAGGUCAACACCUGGCCCAUAGAGAUCGUGACCUACAUCAGAAACCAGAAUCACCGUUGUUUGUUGUAUGAGGACACGGAAGAGUUUUGGGAAAUGUUGAUAAAUCAAAUACGUCAGUGA